AUGUUCUCAAAGAGAAAAGUCGUUAAGAAAAAUAUACGUAAAAAUUCAGGGAACCAAGAAGAUCCCAUUGAAAAUAAUUAUGAUGAUUCUAAAUCGAACGGGCUGACCGAGAAGGAAAAUCAAAAUGCCAAUCGAGAGUCAACAAUUUGUGGUAGAAUAAUCCAAGGAAAUGUUCAAAGUAAUGUGUCAGUACACGACCAUUUGAAAGUGCUAGUAAAUCAAAAGGAAGAAGGAACUCCGUGUCAACCAUUAUAUAAUGUAAAAAAGGGGAAUGAGGAAUUGGAAAAUGCACAAAAAAUAAGUAAAGAAAAUGGAAAUGCUUUUGCCCGAUAUGAGAAUAACAAAAAUGAGAAGAAUAAUGAAUAUGUCAAGUCUCCAAUUGAAGAAAUAUUCGAAACAGAUAUAAUCACUUCUUCAUCUGUGGGAGAAGAAGUAGCACGACAUUCACAAUCUGUAUCAAGUGAAAAACCAGUUAAAGAAAUUUCGACAAAAAAGGUAAAUAUUACUAGAAGAGAAAAGAAAAAAAAAGAAGAAACUGAAAAAGUUAAUAAAAUGAACACGAGUUUUCACAUUUACAGUGAGGAAGAUGAAGACGACUGUUAUAUAGCUAUCAAAAAGGGAGGAAAGCGCUUUCGCAAAAGUGUUCAGGAUAUUUCUAACGUAUUUGAUGAUUCUGAUAUUACAAGCACACCUGCUGGAGUAGAUGUGGGUUCAAAUAAUAAUGAAGCAAAGGUUCCACACACCCCAUAUGAAUCAACACGUGCGUUUCUCAUUCAGAAAUAUGGAGUGGACCUUUCUGGAAUGGACCUUUAUGAAGACGGUGCGAAUAGGGAAAAAGGAGACAGAGAAGGGGACAGAGACAGAGACUGGGACAGAGAUGAAGCUCAUCUUAGUGGUGAGAAGGAUGGUACUACAAAUGAUAAUAAAGGAAAGCCAAAUGUAUAUAAACAUGAUAAACAAAUUUGUGAAGCAUUUCUAAUGGAGCAAAAGAACAUUCCACUUGAAGGAAGUGAGGAGAAACCUUAUUCAAGUUCAUAUUGUGUAGUCGAGAAAUGUUAUUCUAAUGAUCCCCAGAACAAGAGGAGUUGUUUAUACCAACAUAGUGAAAACAUUGAACCAGAUGCACAAGUAUGGAUGAAGAAAACGGAUUCCAAUUAUGCACAUCUGAGUGCCCAUUUUGCAGACGAGUUUAUUAACAGGGGUUAUGAGGAGUACUGUGAGGAUGAUCAGUAUCAAGACGAAGGAGAAAAAAGAAUAAUCGAAACGAUCAAAUUGAAGAAGCAAAUUCUGCGUAAAAAAAAACAAAUUGGUGGCAACUAUUGGGAAGGAUUCAUGGAGGAGCAGCAGCAGUACAAGCAGGACGAGAAAGAAGGAGGUGAGGAGUAUGCUGAGCUUACACCCCACUCAAGAAUAAAAAGACACAAUUUCUACAAGAAAAACCAAGUGGAUAACCCAGAUUUAGACAACCCGAUGAGUGAAGAUGAUUUUGAAGUAGAUGAUGUUUACAAUUAUGAAACCAUUAACGAGAUGAAGAAGAGACUUAUCAUAAAAAAAAAUAGAAACAAUGAGGUUAAUACUUUUUAUGACAUCUCAGAAGAUGAAACAAAUUCGUUGGAUCCAAAUAAAAAUGACAUGGCCAUUUCAUAUAUGAAUCGAGUUCACGAGGAUGAAAAAAUCAAAAAAAUUGUAGACACCCAAAUGUAUGAACAAUUUAAGAAGCAAAGGAAAAAAUACCAAGCUAUAUUUUCUUCUCAUGAAAAUGAAAAUCUCAAUUCUGAUGAUCAAGUAGACGUAGAAAAACAUUCAACUGAUGAGUCUCUCAUGUGUACCCAUACUACAGGUGACAUUAUUGAUACACAUAAAUGGAUUAACCCCAUGUCUCAUAAAAUCCAGGGAAUGGACGACAAGAUGAAUGCUACUAAACAAUUGCGAAUUGAUGAUGGGCAUAAGGUAAGAAGGAAAGAAGUGAGUGCUGAAAAUUUUGUACCGAGAAAUGGCAAAAUGGGCGAGAAGCUAAUGGAUGACCUUAGCGGCAGGAGCGGUGGUGGGAGCGGGUUCAACAGAACUAGCGAAAGUGGUGAGGAGAACCAAAUGAAGCAUGCUGCUGACAGUGAUGACAGUCUGGGCAGAUGCAAUGACGAGUCGUACGAGAAGGAAAACAAAACUCUGUUUGAGAAGAUUUCAAAUGUGUUCGAAAGGAAUGGAGUAUGUAACACUGAAAUUGUUAACAUGUAUGAACACAUACAAGAUUUGUUUGAUGAAUAUAAAUACAGGAUUGACGAAUCAGGGCACAUGAGAAAUAUGGAAAAUUUAAAUAAGAAAGAAUAUAAGGAAUUGAAAAAUGUAGAAAGAGAAAAAAAGAAGGAAAUUGUUACGAGUAUAAGUUCUCUCAUGUUCUUACAUAAUUUAAUGAACCUUAUCCAAAAAAAAUCAGAAAUUUUAGAUAAUGCUUUAGAUGUUUCACAUGAGUUAGAUAUAACAUUUUACAUUAUUUAUCGAAAUCUAAAGCUAUAUUUGUACAAAGAAUAUUAUGAAAAUUAUAAAUUGACAUUUAUAAAUGAUUAUAUUUAUAAUUCUAGGUUUUACAAGAACAAGAAGUUGGAUGAUAAGAAUGCGCAGCUAGCUUUUCUCAUACAGGAAAAAGUCGUUCAAAAUUGUGAAUAUGUUAAUAACGAAGCACUCUUUAAUGAACACAUUGUCAACCAGGUGAACGACCCCUUGGGGUUCAAUGACACCUAUGUCCACUACAUGUUCGAUGGAUUCUCUAGCAAUUACUCCUCAGAUUCUUCCGCAUCCGUCUUCUGCAAACGGGAUCAAGUGGGAAUAGCAGCAGAUAUGGAGAACGGCGUAGAUGUAGAAACCGCACUAGAUGUAGGCACCGCGGAUGAAUCUGGAAAGAUCCGAACGAACGGCUUUGGUAAGAAGAAGGAAAACGUCGCUCCAAUUGUAAGUGCAGAAAAGGAAAAGAGAAAAUUAGACAAAAGGAAAUACUUCCAAACAGCCAAAAUGAAAGAGCUAAAAAGGAAGUUUCUGAUAGCAAUUAUGACAAUUUUUAAAGAUGUCAGUACAUAUUUUUUAAAUUUUAAAAAUGCGAUAAAAUAUUUUUAUCUCUUAAAAUUGUAUAAUUAUGAUUUUUAUGUAAGGAAUAAUUGUAUUUCGUUGUUUGAUUAUAUUCUCUUCUUCUUUGUAAAAUGUGAAUUGAUCUUUUGGGAUCCACUUUACCAAUUUUAUAUGACGAAAAGAGAGAAAAUGAAAUUGAUUUCUAUAUUUGAAAAGCAUUUGAAUGUCAAACAUCUGGAGGAAGAAGAUACACAAAAGAAAUUUAUUGACCUUUACCAAAAUCAUGAUUUUGUUAAUGCAUAUAACAAUCUUCGUGAGAGUCAAAUUCCCCCGUCUUCCAACUCGUCAUGUGGAGAUAACGAUACAUGUUCAUCCAUAGAAACCUCGCACGGCAACCUAAUGAAUGAGAGUGAUGAGGAAUGCUACAUACACUCUUCUGAAUCAGAGGAUACAUUUUCUUUUACUAGCUCCAGUUGUGCCGAAGAGGAGGAAGAGAGGCUAGGAGAACGGGAAAAAAAAAAUGUUCAAAAUGGUGUGCAGAAUGGAGUGCAAAAUGGAGCGCAGAAUGGUGUGCAAAAUGGUGAUCAAAAUGGAGCGCAGAAUGGAAUGCAGAAUGGUGUACGAGGUGAAGAUGUGCCAAUGGGAAAAGGGGUAGAGAGGGAAAAGGAAGAAAAGGUGUGCGCGCGUGGGAUUUUUAAAACCACGGGUUUGAAGAAAAAAAAAUACAAAUUUAUGAAAAAAAGGUUUCACAACAAUCCCAGCGUAAAAAGUUUCGAAUGGUACAAAUUUAUGGAUGAGGUGAUGUUUAUUUAUCAAGUUGAGGAAGAAAAGGAAAUUAUACAAAAGUUGUAUCUACACAUUUUUAAUAAGAAGGUGCAUGAAUUAGUGGAGUUCUGGAAUCCUUUAUCUCUAAAACAGAGUUACAAUUUAUGCGUAAUAUUGGCUGAGUAUGUAUUGUAUAAUGAUAAUCGAAAACAGUUGAUUGAUAAAUUGGUAGAAAAGAUAAACACUUGUAUAUACACAUUUUUAGAAGGAUAUAAAAAUAUAAGUAGUCAAAAAAAAAAAAAUAUCUUUCUAAUGAGAUGUUUAAAAAUAUUAAAAAGUGUAAAAGGUAUCAUUUAUUUGCUUCACGAUAAUGUCUUCUACGAUGUUGUGAAAAAAAUAUUUUACAAUUUUGUACUCACCAAUUAUUAUUAUUUAAGCAAAUUACACAAUUUAAUUGUAUCAUCGGUUAUUCAUAUAAUACUCUCCUUAAAUAUUCCAAAGGAAAGCAAAUUUUUUCAAGACAUUUCAAAUUUGUUGAGUAAAAUUACUUCUUCACUCAAUUCAGGCGAUUUUGACAAUGAAAGGUUUAAAGUGGAAAAUUAA